AUGCUCCAGCACUCCGUAGCGGUGCUGCUUAUCUGUAUAUCGGCCACUAGCGCCCAUCUUGUGCAGGAACCCAUGAAAAAAGCGCAUACUAACUCCCGUCGCGUCAGUGUUCCAAGCAUUGGCAGUGUCGCUGCCGGCUGUUCGCUUUGUCGAGAUAGUGGAGCUUGCUCCAUGGCUAUGAAUGACACGUCAUCCGGAGUCUUUUGUGGAGAUAUUCAUGCUACUGUGACAAAGAAGCAGCCGUGCUGCUGUGCGUACUACACAGAAUGUCGAGCGACAAGCACAGCGCAAACGUGCGAGUGCGGUGGAGGAUGGCCAUUUGCUUUACGCCACGAGAGACUUACUGCUAUUGAAGAAGUAGCAGACGAUACAGAGAAGUUAGUUCGAGAUAGCUUUACAUCAGCAUCUCAUGACCCAAUGGAUAGCCAAAUGUCGGUACUCACGGAGAUCCUCAUCCAUUUGUCGGCGUAUCUUGCGCUCUUGGUGUUCGCAGUGUAUGUGGAUAAGUGGGUGGAGUGUUUUAGUGACUUCAGACGGAAUCAAAUGGUCACUUACAGCAAAGCUACGGACACAAAAUUACUCCGCUUCCGACAGCGCUUUGGUAAGCGGCGGCGGGAAUCUCAAACAGAUGGGGAGAUUGAAGACAAUUUACCGCUCCUGGUGUUAGAAUCUCCGAUACCAACCUCUAGACCUCCUAUCACCUUCGACGCGAUCUCAGAUGCAGACUCUCUGCAGCAAGAAAAGGAUAAAGAAGAAUCAACAGAAGAAGUAUCUGAUCAAGUUCUGGUAAUCACUGCUACUGUCGAUGUCGUCCAGGAAGUUAGCAUUAGGCCAAACGAGUCCCCAACUGAACUGAAAGACAUUCCGCUCAAGUGA